CUCCAGCGGCACAGCCAAACGGGGAGCAACAAAAUAAAGAAAGAGAUAAACGAGCAAACAAGUCCGCAACCCCUGAGGCCCAUUCCAAGUUUCCCAUCAACCUACAGACGGGGGUUGAUAAGGACAGAAAUCCGGCCGGGCCGCAAUCUAAAAUACGUAAACGACCGUCGAAUCCUGGGCCCGAAGCAAAGGAAACAGCAACAGUCUCGGUUUCUGUUCACUCUCGUUCUCUUCUCUUGCGUGUUCUCUAUUUUCUCACUCUUCACGACGCGAUAUCCACGUUUGACACGUGUGUAUCCAGACCGGAGAGUGACAGUCCUAGAUACCCCCCUCCAAAAGUCACAGAGAGAAGAUGCUCCUGGCAAGGCGAAAAAUGCCAGGCAUCGUCCUCCUAGGCCUCCCAGUCUCCCUUCUCCUCCUCCUUCUCUGGCACAACGACGGCGGCCUGCCUACAUUCCCAACAUCCUCAUCUUCAUCAGCCAUCCCGCCAAAACCGAUAGAAUGGAUGACGGAACAAGACAAAACAUACUUCUGGCGGACCGUCAAGGUCCACCACCCGGCCCCGGAACCCCUCCGCCAAGUGCCCGCCGUCUCCUCCAUCCGCUUCCCCCAAGUUCAAGCCCAUUUCCCGCCCGAGACGAGCGCCCAACGCCGCGUCCGUGAAGAACGCCAACAGACCGUCAAAAAAGCAUUUCAAAAAGCCUGGUCAUCGUAUCGGAAACACGCCUGGCUCUCAGACGAACUGACCCCCGUCUCAGGCGGUCGUCGGAAUACCUUCGGAGGCUGGGCUGCGACCCUCGUAGACUCCCUCGACACCCUUUGGAUCAUGGACAUGAAGUCCGACUUUGACGAAGCUGUCACCGCCGCUGAGACUAUCGACUUCACGCACACCGACCUCGACGACAUCAACGUGUUUGAAACAACCAUCCGCUACCUCGGAGGCUUCCUCUCAGCCUUUGACCUCUCCGGCGACGUCCGCCUUCUCCGCAAGGCGGCCGAGGUCGGCGAGAUGCUCUACAAAGCCUUUGACACGCCCAACCGCAUGCCGAUCACCCGCUGGAAAGUCGGCGAUGCAGCCCGCGGUGACGCCCAGAACGUCGGGAACGGUGCCCUGGUAGCGGAGAUCGGAAGUCUCUCGAUGGAAUUCACGCGCCUCUCAAUACUAACAGGCGACCCAAAGUAUUGGGACGCAACACAACGCAUCAUGGAAAUCUUUGAACGGCAGCAGAACAAAACCAACAUCCCUGGCCUCUGGCCGCUCGUCGUGAACCCAAAAGACGAGGUCUUCAACCAAGGCGACGACUUCACCCUCGGCGCCAUGGCCGACUCCCUCUACGAAUACCUUCCCAAGAUGUCCGCCCUCGUAGGUGGACGCAGUGGGAUGUACAAAUCCAUGUACGAAGCCGCCGUGAAACCCGCCAUCGAACAUAACCUGUUCCGGCCCAUGACGCCCACCAACGAAGACAUCCUCAUCGCGGGGCAGGCACACUCGCGCGAGACGAACGGCCUGCACACGAUCGAACAGGAGCCGCAGGGCCAGCACCUCGUCUGCUUCAUGGGCGGGCUUCUUGCCUUGGGAGGCAAACUCUUCAACCACCCCGACGAAGUAUCUGUAGCGAGAAAGCUCGUCGACGGUUGCGUGUACGCGUACAAGUCAUUCCCGCACGGCAUCAUGCCAGAGACGUUUUACAUGGUUCCCUGUCCCUCCAAAGCCGAAUGCACCUGGGACGAAGCCCUCUACAAAAAACACGUCCUCGAGCGCGCAGAAAGGAAGGACGACGACGAGGUCCUCACAGCAGACGAAAUCAUCAAGAAGGACCGCCUCGUCCCAGGCUUCUCCGCCGUCCCGGACCGGCGCUACAUCCUCCGCCCCGAGGCCAUCGAGAGUGUCUUCAUCAUGUACCGCGCCACAGCCGAUGCGAGCUUGCUAGACUCCGCAUGGGACAUGUUUUCGUCCAUUGACAACGUCACGAGCACGGAGCUGGCGAACACGGCGGUGUGGGAUGUCACCGCUGAGGGGCGGCCUCCGCAGUCGGAUUCGAUGGAGUCGUUUUGGAUGGGGGAGACGUUGAAGUAUUUCUAUCUCAUCUUUAGCGAGCCUGGGUUGGUGAGUUUGGAUGAGUUUGUGUUCAAUACUGAAGCGCACCCUUUUAGACGGUGGAAAUGAGGGAGUUUAUGCAGAUGUCUGUGUGUAUAUAUACCAUGUAUGAAUAAAUGGUCUGGAUGCAAGUGUCACACGUUCCCUUGAGAUAUCCACG